GACGCGAGAAAUAAGAUCAACCUAACAUUAAUGGAGUCGAGAAACAUCAUUUGGGGGAUAUUUUGCAUCUCGUUGACGCCAUUUUUGAUCAGAGGGACAUUGGCCAAGGAUGAUAGUAAGCCUGAUACAUCUUCUUUGAAUAAUUUUCUCCAUGAUCAUGCACGAGAGGUGGUCAAAUUUCCCCAACUAGGUAAAUUUUAUGAUAUUUCUCUCAAGUCCAAUUAUUCGGGUAUAAAAAUCUCAUAUAUUCAGAUCCGGACUCCGAGUAUUUGGACAAGAGGAAUCAAUGUUCGUGCAGUUCAUAUCCCACCCAAAACUCGAAUUUUGCCAUUUGUAAGAAGACUGGAUAUAGUCUAUCAAGAUCUUGGUAAUUUAUCAUCUUAUUACUACAAUGUCCCAAACUAUAGGUUCGUAACACCUGUUAUUGGCUUUGCAACUUAUAAUGGUGAAGACAAUUCACCGUCGAAUAGCAGUGGACCUCCGCCUAAUAUAUGUCUAGAGGGAAAUAAUACGAUUAUGAUCCAGUUUCCGGAUAUUUCAGUGAAGAAAAAAGAGAAUUCAACAAUGAGAUGUGUUGCAUUUGGUGCUAAUGGUGACAUUCAGUUCAGCAAUGUAACAGUGCCAAAUAAGUGUCUUGCUCGUGGGCAUGGCCAGUUUUCCAUUGUUGUCCCAAAAUCAAAAAAAUCUUCAAAAAAAGGACUGGCGAUAGGAUUAGGGGUGGGAUUUGGAAUUUUAACCUUGUUGCUUGUAAUAUUAUUGAUGUGUCGGAUCGCGAGGAAUAAGGAAUUGGAGUAUAUGCAAAAUGAACCAGAAAAGAGUGAGAAUUUGGAUACAGCUUGGGUUGGAUCCAGUAAAUUGCCUGCAGCUGAAUGGAGCAGAAACUUUGAAAUUCCUGAAAAUGAUUACAUUCCUUGA